AUGACGCUGAGGUUGCCGGUCUACUCACUUGCACCACUGCUUCCAAGACGUGCUUUGUUCAACUACUGGGUUACUCAGUCCCAUGAGGAAUAUGUCUACAGUGCAGAUGGGAUUCGACUUGGUGCCAUCGCCAUUACAGGAAGCUGCGCUCCUAUCGGUAUCAAAAGUCAGUACUAUGACCUUGCUCGGUUUGGAUUUGGUCAGAAUGGGUAG